AAGCCACGGACUAGAAUUUUCCCCUCCAAUAAUCAGCCCUUCCACCUUUUUCUCGGUCAAACUUUUCAGUUUCCAGUGUUUCACUGAAGCUCCUCAGCCACUUCUUCCCCUUCCCCAUCCCCCCACCCCCCUUUUUUUUUUCUUUUUGCUUUGUUGAUUUCUGUUUUCUCCACGGACCUCUGGCAUGAGUUAACCACCAGAUAUGGACACCAAACAUUUCCUGCCGCUGGAUUUUUCCACCCAGGUCAAUUCCACGUCCCUGAAUUCCCCGACCGGCCGGGGGCCCAUGGCGGCACCCUCCCUCCAUCCAUCCCUCGGCCCUGGCAUCGGCUCCUCCCUGGGGUCACCCAUCAGCACCCUCAGCUCUCCCAUCAAUGGCAUGGGACCCCCGUUUUCCGUCAUUAGCUCCCCCAUGGGGCCACACUCGAUGUCGGUCCCCACGACCCCCACCCUUGGAUUUGGCACGGGCAGCCCUCAGCUCAACUCUCCCAUGAACCCCGUGAGUAGCACAGAAGACAUCAAGCCUCCCCUCGGACUCAAUGGAGUUCUUAAAGUGCCCGCACACCCCUCAGGAACCAUGGCCUCUUUCACCAAGCACAUAUGUGCCAUCUGUGGGGACCGAUCAUCAGGUAAACACUAUGGUGUGUACAGCUGUGAGGGCUGCAAAGGUUUUUUCAAACGCACGGUGCGCAAGGAUCUCACGUAUACUUGCCGCGACAACAAGGACUGUCUCAUCGACAAACGCCAGCGGAACCGGUGCCAGUAUUGCCGGUACCAGAAGUGUCUCGCGAUGGGCAUGAAACGAGAAGCUGUGCAGGAGGAGAGGCAGCGAGGGAAGGAUCGGAACGAGAAUGAGGUGGAGUCAACGAGUAGCGCCAAUGAGGACAUGCCUGUGGAGAAGAUCCUGGAAGCCGAACUUGCAGUAGAACCAAAGACAGAAACGUAUAUCGAGGCAAACAUGGGAUUAAACCCCAAUUCGCCCAAUGACCCUGUCACCAACAUAUGUCAAGCAGCAGACAAACAGCUCUUCACCUUGGUGGAAUGGGCCAAGAGGAUUCCCCAUUUCUCAGAACUGCCCUUGGAUGACCAGGUUAUUCUGUUAAGAGCAGGCUGGAAUGAGCUGCUCAUUGCCUCGUUCUCUCACCGCUCAAUAGCAGUGAAAGAUGGCAUCCUCCUCGCCACAGGCCUGCACGUUCAUCGGAACAGCGCCCACAGCGCAGGAGUCGGCGCCAUCUUCGACAGAGUCCUGACAGAACUCGUGUCCAAAAUGCGAGACAUGCAGAUGGACAAGACGGAGUUGGGCUGCUUGCGAGCCAUCGUCCUCUUCAACCCCGACUCAAAAGGCCUCUCCAACCCUGCCGAGGUUGAGGCUCUACGGGAGAAAGUUUACGCAUCCCUCGAGGCUUACUGCAAACACAAGUAUCCCGACCAGCCAGGAAGGUUUGCAAAGCUCUUGCUCCGUCUCCCUGCCCUCCGGUCCAUCGGCCUGAAAUGCCUCGAGCACCUCUUCUUCUUCAAACUAAUAGGCGACACACCCAUUGACACCUUCCUGAUGGAGAUGCUGGAAGCGCCUCACCAAAUGACUUAG